UUCAGUCUGAUAGGAUAGACUUUGCUGCGCAGCUAUAUCGUCUGUGUUAUUUUGAACACGUUCUGGACGGAGAGUGUUAGCAAACAUUGUCCUUCGCAUCAUGUAGGCUACUGGCUACCGUUAGCCAGUUAGCCCACAAUCUCGUAAUAAGUUGGAUCAAGUGUCUUAAAGAUUUUAUCUGUUUGAAUACUUUUAGCAGGAAUUUUCGUGGGAAGUGCAAUUUCUUCUUUCUAGUGCAGUGAAGCUCCAUGUACAGAAGAAGUAUUUGCCAAUACAGGCCUGAGAUCAUCACCUCCUGAGGAAUGUUGUGUUAACAGCACUCUUAUGCAGGUGGAUCCUUCUUCGAUGAAUAUAGGGGACGGAAGCCCAGUGAUCAAACACGCUGGCGCUCCGAACAAGGCACCCGUGAGCAUGGUGGGGAACCCACCCCAGAACCUGCCUCCAGAGCUGAGAGGAGAUGGGCCCCUCAGCCAGCAAGCCACCACUGCAACAUCGACAGACUGCAAAGCUUCAGAUAUCUCUUCGGUAGACAGUCCCCAGCAUGAAGGUGCACAUUUGUUAGGCUCCUCCCCUGUGAAUAUUGGGUCGUUGCGCAAGAACGUGGAGGUCCCCAAGCCUGUUGUGGAUGGCGCUCCGAUCUUUCCCGCCCAGCAAUGGACGUGUAGCAAAAAGCCCCCCCUGAACUCAAGUCACGGUGGCGUUACCCCAAGUAAGAGGGCAAACUCACAGGCCCAGUCCGUCAUCAGCCUUCCCGCGGGUUUCCAGUGCUCCUCGCUCUUCAAACCAGGCCAGCCAGUCGCCUUCCUCCCGUCCGCUAGCUUCAGCCCCCCGCUGUGCAAGAUCACCCUGCCCCCGCCUGGCUUGGGCCAGAUUUCAGCUCUGAGGGAGACCACGGCCAGCCAGCUCACUCAUGUUGAGUGCCGGCCGCAGACUUCAAGCUCUGGCGUUGCCCCAAACCUCCAGACCUUCCCUUACCACUUCACCGUGGCCAAGGCCCCUGCCCCCGAAGCCCGACUUCCUUCGACAGCAGUGCAUAAAAACAAGCAUGGGCCUGUCUCUGGCGGCAAGAAUUCCAACGCAGGAGCAGAACACGGCUCACCCCUGCAUUCUGUGGCCUCGCCUGUCGUUGCUCGACCCCUGAAGCAGCCGACAUCGGGCCCAACACCUUCGCCCCCUGUUUCGGUGUCUCCCUCCACCCCUCCAGCCAUUGUCUCCACGCACAGUAGGCUGCUGAACCACUUGGAGAAGAGUCCAUCUCACCAAGGUGUGGAAAAGACACCCAUAAUGUACUCAAGACUCAAGUCCCCCCAGUGUGCUGUUGUGCACAAACCUACAGUUACCGAACUGAGGGAUGUGCCCCUUGACUUGUCAUCGAAGUCAAAACGUCCUAAAGCGGCUAAGGAACCUCAAGACGCCUCCCCAGCCACAGAGUGCCACCUUGCUGAGGAUGGUCAGGGAGGUGAUCCCAUCCCUCCAAAGAGGGCUGUGCCUGCUAGUUUUGGGCCUGGGGGUCCCCUCUCCAUCUUCCCAGAGACCCUGAGAAACGGAGCCCCUCCAAAGCAAGGCUCACGACUCCUGAAUCAUCAGGCCCACAAACCAUCAAUGCCCUGGGCUAAAAGCCCGCACAGCUCCACUAGCAACUUAGCUGGGACCUACGUGGGUGUGGCCAGCCCAAUAUUGGCCUCCACCCUACGCAGCAAGGAUGGGAAAGGUGCCGCUUUUGUGGAAGACCUCCAGAGCACUGCUAAACAGGUGACUAUCUCCAUUAUUGACCAAGGGGAGCAGCCAGUCUCUCGAGUUAAAGGACCACCUGUUGUGAAAGACACCCAGCAGCACACACUUGGAUCCAAGUAUUGUAACAGUGCCUGUUUACCCAGAACACAGGUUAGUACACCUGCUUCCUCUAAGGAUAGUAUCACCACAGUUUUAUCCAUCUCUGCUGGCUCAAAUUCUCACUGUAAGCUCAGUGGUGGGAGUGCGAUGAUUCCACUUUCUCCCGCCGUUGACAAUGCUGCACGCCACCUGCAAGUUUCUCUUAUCCACAAAAGGUCUACAGCCCAGCAGAAGAUCAUCCAGUUGACUCCCAAGUUGCGGGUGACCACGGGUUGCAAAGGUCCUCUGUUUCAGAGCAGUCACCCAAGCCCAUCCAAGAUGGUUGAGAAAAAGUGGGGCAAAACAAAGUCGUCUCCACUGUCAAAUCUUGAGUCCAUAGUGAAGCAGAAAGCUCUGGAGACAUCUGAGCUUGGUGGUGAAGGGUGUUGUAAUGCAGCCUCGGAUGGGCCGAGAAGGCCUGAAGCAACAAGCUUGAAUUUCAGAUCCCAGGAUACUCCGUCGAGCGGUUUCCCGCCAUUCAGGCCUAUGAAGAAAAGAGAGGGUAAAGUCAAGAAGGAUUCCUCUGGGGCACCGCUUGCUAAGAUUUCCAGCAAACAAGAAAAUGGGAGCAUUAUUGAACCCAGAGAGAAAAGCACUGAGAAACCCAUUGAGCGCGAGGAAAGCAAAGGAAUUGAGGAGUGCUCUGAUAACUCCAAACUUGUUGCCCAAGCUCAAAUGCUUCGUGGCAGCGGUCACGUUGAUAAAAACGGUGUCAAAACAAAACCACAAAGGGAUGAGGAGAAACCUACGCCCGAGAGCCUCUCUCCUUGUGUGAAGCUGGAAGGAAUGGCUUUAUCCGUCCUCAAAGGUCAAAGUCCAGAUGUGGCUGAACUGGGGAAGGAGUUGAGUGUACCCAGAGAGGCACCUCCUUCCAAAGGUCAAGUCAGUGCUAGCAAAUACAAAAAGAUCAGUCAGAACAAAGUUGAAAAAUCAUCUUUGGCGUCCUCAAAAAAGAUGGAAAAGGGCUUAAAGAGAUCACGUGACAAGGAGGGCAGCACUUCAGAGUGGCCUCAUCGCCGAAAAAAGAAACAAGGGGCGCCGGUGCUGGAGUCUGGGCAACCGGACAAGGCCACGUCCCGGCCGCCCGAUGAGCGGGAAAAGGUGGCGCGUGUGUGGAGCGACGUCACUGAGGUGACCCGGCCCCCUCGCAUCAAAGCAGGUAACGAGAGCAGCCCCGUGGUGGAUACCCCGACUUUGCAAAGCAGCCCCGACUGGCUGAAUCAGGAGGCGGGGCCCGUGGCAAGCUGCCCACCCAGGCAGAAGAGGGGGCGGCGGCCAGCCGAAAAGAAUCUCCCUGCCCCGAAGGUCUCGGCCCCUUCUCCCGCCCCGCAACCCCAAGUCCGGCGAAAGAGGGGCAGGCCGCGCUCCAAACCGCUGCCCGACCAAGGGUGUCUGCCGACGCCGAAACCUGCGCCCGCGGGGGCCGAGGUCGACGCCUCGCCCAGGAAGAAGAGGAAGCGACGCAGGAACAGGAAGUACCAAAAUGGGGAGUACGUCAUGGAGAGGGACAGGGCUGGAGAAGAGGACGGGAAGUGCGUUGCGACGCGACAGGCGACCAGGGCUGGGACAGAUCAGAGGGUUGGGCUGUAUCCACGGCUCAGUGCCACGCUGACGUGUCGGAGUGCCAGCCCAGACCGGAGCCCCAGGAGGCCCCUGCAGACGCGGUCCGGGUCCGCGCGACACUCAGAGCGGCCCGUCUCUCCCGAGGACAAGCCCUCGGGGAAGCGGAAGUUCAAAAGCAAGCACCUGUGCGACACGGAGGAGAAGAAGUUCAAGACGAAACGCGGCGGCUCGGGGAAGCGCUCCGCCCCCCUGGUCUCCGAUGGCGGCGGCUCUCCUGUGAAGAAGCCGCCAGACCUUCCCGCCUCCCCCCGGGGACGGCCGUCCCCCGCAGGCAGGAGGGGCAGUGCGGGGAGGGGCCGGGCGCCAGAGUCUCCCCCCGGCCGCCCGCCCCCCCCGGAGGUCCGGCGGCUCAUCGUCAAUAAGAACGCCGGCGAGACCCUGCUUCAAAGAGCCGCCAGAUUGGGCUACCAGGAGGUGGUGCUGUACUGUCUGGAGAAGGACGAGCGGGAGGUGAACCGCCGGGACAACGCCGGCUACACGGCGCUCCACGAGGCCUGCGCCCGAGGCUGGACCCAGAUCGUUCAGGUGCUGCUGGAGCACGGGGCCGACGUCAACUGCAGCGCCCAGGACGGCACGCGGCCAAUUCAUGAUGCGGUGGCCAGCGAUAAUCUGCCCGCCGUGUGGAUGCUGUUGAAUCGUGGGGCAGACCCUACCCUGGCCACCUAUUCGGGACAGACGGCAGUCAAACUCGCUCAGAGCAACAGCAUGAAAACAUUCCUCAGCGAAUACUUUGCUGAUUUGGAUGGGCGUAGCAGCGAGGAUCCCAGCAUGCACUGGGAUUUCUACAGCAGUGCUGUGUUUGAAGCUGGACAGGAGGCAUGCUGGGACUUCCUGCUCUCGUUCCCUGGGGCGGAGGAGGGGCAGAAGGAGGCGAGCGCAGAGGAGGACUGCUUCAUGUUUGAGUUCUCCUCACAGCCCCUCCUGCCCUGUUACCACGUCCAGGUGUCGCUGUCACAGGGCUUUUGCAAUUGGUUCCUCCUGUCGGACGUCCUGAAGCGGCUGAAGAUGUCGGCGCGGAUAUUCCGGGCGCGGUACCCCCACCUGGAGGUGGUGAGCGUGUCCUGGGCGGAGCUGUGCAGGCAGGUGUCCGUCAGCCAGCUGACGGUGGUCCCGGAGGACGCGGCGGGGGGCGAGGACCAGGACGCGGGCGGCCAGGUGGAGCUGGUGCGCUGCGUUCUGGAGCUGCAGGAGCUGCUGGGCUCCUCCGUGCACUUCCUGGAGCCGGAGACUCCCCCCGCCACGCAGACCGGCCCCAAAGCCGAGUCCAACUCCCCGUCGCCCAGGAGUAAGAAGUCUAACAAAAAGGAAGAAAGGUGAGAGAUUGUCCGUCCGGCGUGCUGAGGAGCUGCCGUGGCAACCGUGACGCACAAACACAACCAGCGUUUUUUUUUUUUUUUUAUGUUCAUGGGGAGACGCAAACCUCUGGACAUGUACUUUUCUGAGGGUGGGCCCCCGUCACAUCUUGGCCUCCUUGUAGUGAAGGCUAAAAGCGACAGACUAACUGCUGUGUUGUCGACCCUAUGAAGAAGAAUUAGUGGUGGGCACAGUUGGACAUGAACUUUUCACAUUUCAAACCUGUAGGUAUUUUUCAGUAUUCAAUAAAUGUUUUAAAACCUUUUUUAUAUGCUUAUAUGUAUAUAGAAUUAUAUAUGUAUAUCUCGCCAUCAGGGUUACCACAUUUUGGACUGUAAUGUAUAAUAUUGUAAUGUAUUGUUGAUAUGACAAGGUUUUUGUGGGUAUUUGUUUUCGAGAGAAACUGAAUGUUUUCCGAGAGAGAUAAUCCCAGUGUUUUAUCUUGGUAAACUCUUAUGUGCAGCUAAGAGGCUUAAGCUCAGCUAACUGGUAGGAGGACCAUUGGGCCAGAUGGGUUCUCCACUUGCCAGUGAAAUCCCCAUUCACAGACCCCCUCAGGUCACUGGGUCAGUAUUUGCUCACAGACAUUGUUCCUGUACAGUUUGAAGUUGUAUAUUUUUUUGCCCGGUCUGUGAUGGUAUUCUGCUUUGGGAAAAGCGUCUUGGAAAGAAAAAAACAACGUUGGUUCUGCUCGACUGUGAUAACCAAAAAAAGAGGAUUUACUUUACAAAUGAAUGUUCUGCUUCCUACUGAUCUCCUUCAGUGUCUGCAUUUAAGAUAUUCUAAAAAAAUGCCACUGCCCCCAGAAAUAAAUUCUAUGCCUGUAGAUCAAUAAGCAUUUACAGGUUUGUGCAGAUGUCGGAUUUGAUAGCAUUAAUGUCUUAAUGCUGUCAGGUUUUUUUUUUUUUUUUUUUUUUUUUUUUUUUCAACCCCCUCAUGUAUAAUAGUGUGAAACCUUUGCUAACACUGACACACUCUCAGUUUCCCAAGAACAGAUGGGAUGGCUCUUCACAUCCAGGUGCGACAUGGCACCCUGCACUCAGUCUAAAGAACUGGGAAGAACUAAUGCCCUUCUGGGUCCCCUCCAGUCCCUUCCAGUCAUCUGGUGGUGUAUGGAUCCUGGCUGUGGCUGAUAGAAACUUACGUGCGUUUUAUUUUGAAAUGUUCAGUUGGUGUCCUUGCUUAAUUUGAUUAUUAUUAUUAUUAUUAUUAUUAUUAUUAUUAUUAGUAUAUUCUCUCUCCCAUUUCCAACUCUCGUGUGCAGGCCUGAUUACUGAUUAUCUGACUAUUAAUAAUAAUAACAACGAUAAUAAUUAUAAUUAACUUGUUCAUUAUCCUGGCAAAAAUGAUUUAAUAGGACUUUGAAUGUUUGGUGCUUUAUUUGAAGUGUGUGUAUUAUUAUUAUUGUUUUCCCUCCUUGCAUACAGUAUUUUAAUAUGCAAAAGUACAGUUUUAACGUACUGGUGCUAAGCUAUAUUUUGUCUUGACAAUCAGUGUUUUGUUUUAAUCUCCUAUGCUAUUUAAAAUGAAAAAAAAAAAACUAUGUAGUAAGUUGUGAGGUGUACAGCCGACCCCCCGCCCCCCUCUCCCCAUGGAGGACUUUUUGGACAAUUUAGUGUUCAUGAGAGCUUUGUUGAAAAUAGAAGGAAUCCUUUUAUUUGACCCUUAUUUAAAAAAAAUCUGAAUAAAGCAUGAUUGUGAA